AUGGUCAUGACCCACUCGCCUAAGCUCCACCUUGCAUGGUAGAUUAUGAACAUAAGAAAACAUGCCUGACCCGUAAUCAAUCUCUCACAACCACCUAUCACAUGGUUUUGAUUCCAUUCCAUGUCCACCUGCAUUGUGGGAGCUCACCGGAGUGGAUGGUGUCUGGCUUUGGUGAAUAUAUUAUCAACCUACUUGCAGUGCCUUCUACCCAUCACAAGAUUAGCAUCCAGAUCAAGAAUAUAAAGGUUCCUCCUCUAUUUCUUCUCUUAAAACCCUUUCAAUUCAGUUACUAAUCUAACAAGAUGAUCAGUGCCAAGAAGCUCCUGAAAUUGGCAAAGAAAUGGCAGAAGUUGGCUGCUAUCAGGAGAAAACGAAUCACAUUACCAAACACCAUCACAAGUAUUGAUACUAGCAGUUGCACCACAUCUACAAAAGCUGAGAAAGGUUGCUUUGCUGUGUACUCUGCAGAUCAGAAACGGUUUCUUCUUCCUGUGGAAUAUCUUAACAAUGAAAUAAUCAAACAGCUAUUCGACAUGGCAGAGGAAGAGUUUGGAUUGCCUAGUAAGGGACCUCUCACAUUACCAUGCGACGGAGAGCUUAUGAAAUAUGCAAUUUCUUUGAUCAAACAGAAGGUUACCAGAGAAGUAGAACAAGCGUUGCUGACCUCCAUUGCUAGCAGUUGUUCGUCAUCUUUCCAUCUCCAACAUCAAGCAGCGAUCCGUGAAUUACCAAUUUGUAGCUUCUGAAAAGGUGCAAUUAGAUCUGUAAACAUAGAUUUAUCAAGUGUACAUUAAUAUACAUCAACGAGAAUCUCAAAAUUUUA